UUGUGACUCAAAUCAUCUCACGAAACUCAUCAUGAUCUGGCAACCCGUCACAUUUCCUCCUUAUUGAAGCUAAAGCUACCCAUCACUGCUGGAAAGAUCACCUGAUCCAUCUGAUCGCCACGCAAAUAACCGAGCGAAAGGGUUUUAUAAAACAUCUUAGGGGUCUGACCGAGGAGGGAAGACGCACUCAGGAUGGUCACCAUUCCGGAGUACUACGAAGGAAAAAAUGUUCUUAUCACAGGGGCCACGGGAUUUAUGGGAAAGGUUCUUCUGGAGAAGCUGCUACGCUCUUGUCCCGGUGUCAAAGCUGCCUAUGUGCUUGUCCGACCCAAAGCAGGACAGGCUCCAGACGUCCGUAUCACCGAAAUGAUAAACUGCAAGCUUUUCGACAAGCUGCGAGAGGAGCAGCCUGACUUUGCGGAGAAGAUUGUGGCGAUAAACAGCGACCUGACCCUGCCGGAUCUGGAUUUGAGUACAGAAGACGAAGAGACCCUCAAAGGCUGCAUUAACAUUGUUUUUCACUGUGCUGCUACCAUCCGCUUCAAUGAGCCUCUGAAAGAUGCCAUGCAGUUAAACGUGUUGGCCACACAGAAGAUGGUGAACCUGGCCCAUAAAAUGAAGCAUUUGGAGGUAUUUAUUCACGUGUCCACAGCCUACGCCAACUGUGACAGAGAGCUCAUCGAAGAGGUGGUAUAUCCACCACCUGUCGACUACAGAAAGCUCAUAGACACACUUGAGUGGAUGGAUGACAAACUUGUCUCUUUAAUGACACCGAAACUGUUGGGUGAGCGGCCCAACACGUACACGUACACGAAAGCCUUGGCUGAAUACCUUGUCCAGCAGGAGUGUGGAAACCUCAACGUUGUCAUCAUCAGGCCUUCAAUAGUAGGAGCCAGCUGGAAAGAACCAUUCCCUGGUUGGAUUGAUAAUUUCAACGGGCCCAGUGGUAUAUUCAUAGCUGCGGGUAAAGGAAUUCUACGGACAAUGAGGGCUUCAAAUAAUGCCGUUGCUGACCUCGUGCCAGUGGAUGUAGUCAUCAACACCACUUUGGCUGCCGCAUGGUAUUCCGGAUCCCAGAGGCAUUCCAGGCCGAGAAGCAUGUUGGUGUACAACUGCACAACAGGCGGGAUCAACCCAUUCCACUGGGGUGAAGUCGGGUACCACAUAAACACCAUCUUCAAGACCAACCCCUUAGAACAAGCUUUCAGACGCCCUAAUGUUAACCUGCGAUCCAACCAUUUUACCAAUCAGUAUUGGACAACAGUGAGUCAUACCAUACCUGCCCUGCUGUAUGACGGGUUUCUCAUGUUGGCGGGUCAUAAGCCCCGGAUGAUGAAGACCAUCACACGUUUGCACAAGGCCAUGAUGGUACUGGAGUACUUCACCAGCCACUCGUGGGUGUGGUGCACUGACAACGUCACCAUGCUUAUGAACCAGAUGGGCGUCGAGGACAAGAAGGUAUUCAACAUAGACGUCAGACAGCUGCACUGGGCUGAAUACAUGGAGAAUUAUUGCAUGGGCACUAAGAAGUACGUACUCAACGAAGAGCUCUCUGGACUUCCGGCGGCACGCAAACACUUGAACAAGCUGAGAAACAUUCGCUACACGUUCAACACAGUCUUGGUCGUUUUGAUCUGGCGUGUCUUCAUCGCCCGUUCGCAGAUGGCCAGAAACAUCUGGUACUUUGUCGUCAGCUUGUGCUUCAAGUUCCUCUCCUAUUUCAGAGCCUCCAGCACCAUGAGAUACUGAUCCCCCCCCUGCUCUUUCCCUCUCUCCCGACGGCUAUGCACACACUUCUGCUUCGAUACACUCCGUGGUGCCUGCAGGGUCCAGCAUACGAGCGUAGUAUCUGCUAUCUUCCCCUCUUGCGCAAGUGCGCCCUUUGCAUAAAAGAGCGCGCGUGCGCUCGACUGCAUGAAUUUUGAAGGCUCGAGGUCUGCAAAAUGAGCGCAUUCUUGCCGAGCGUGUUUGAGCACUUACCCUACCUGUUCCGCCUCCUAAACACAAGCAGGUCGUGGGCGUCUCUUUUUUUUAUUGUGGUUUACAUACUCAUACUCGUCCUGUGCAUUGCUUGCUGAUGGCAGUGACCCCUUUCCAACUGUAAUCAAUGAAGCACAAGGAGGAAAAAAUCGAAUGACGGUUUGAUCUCAGCUCUGUGCCUACAAAUCAGAUCUUGUUUAUCAUGUGCCCAGUGUCUAUAUUAGGUCAGUUCUGUUUUAUAUUAAUGUCUGGUUGCGCUGAUAUCUCUCACUCUCUUUGAGAUUAAAGCAAUGAUGGAUGUUUAAACAUUUAAGCAUCUUGAGCCGCUAGUUUGUCUACACAUUGGCUUAUUUAGUUAACAAUGUAAUGUCAUCUACGUUAAGUUGUUCUUUCCUAAUGCAUUUAUUUGUAUUAUUUGAAUUCAUUUAUAAAAACAAUCAGUUUCUUUGAAUAGUGAAUCAAAUUACUUUAUCAAUUAUGUUUUAUAAAAACUACAGCGUUUGACACCUCAGUUUAUCCUCCUCUUAACCUGUUGCCUUUUCAAAUAUUGGGCAUUAUUCAUGAGCAGAACAAAUUUAUGAAACUCUUCUAAAAAUCAUAAACUGGUUCAUAAAUUGAUUUUUUUUUUAAAAAACAAUUGUUGCAUGAAUAAGGCCCAAUGUUUGUUUGUUUCCACAUAUUAAUGUGCAGGUAAUAGUUAAUGUACAUAAAUGAUUUUUACUCGAUGUAAUUACUGCAAAUAAGCCAGCUUUCGAAAUUUGCAGCUGUGUAUAGGCUUUAUUUCUUUGUUUAUUUAUUGAAUAUUAACAUUCAAUAGAGUCUAUGACUGUGGAGGGUUCAAAUUCAUUUUACCAGGAUUCAGUGUUCAAAUAGUUUAUUCUCAUCUAUUUUGUGAACCGUGCCUGAAUGUUGACAGAGCUGAUGGAUGCGUGUUUUCUAAAACUGUAGAUCUAUUUAGAUAUUUAGAGCACUGAUUUAAUAUCGUACGUUACAAAGUAUUUUCCAUGUUUGAAAUAAUAAAUAGGAAAGCGAUUUAUUAAGCAGAGAACGGUUGGUGAAAUUAAGAGGCGUGCUUCUAAUCACAAUAAAUGCUAUUUUACAGUUCAUUUACUUUGAGGUCAUUUUUUGCACUGCUUAACAAUCAAAUUGGGAAAUGCUAGUUGCCGAAUAUUAUUACUAACUGUGUGGAUAAUACAUUAACUAUUGUCUUUUUUAUUAAGAGAUCCCUGCCUUCAUUUUAGCACUUCUAUCAGGAUCCAUAUUUUUAUUUAUGUGGGAAUUUGACUGGAAUAUGAAAAAGUGGGGUAAAAUAUACACCAUGGUCAAAUCUUUUUCUGUGUUUCUUUAUGAUGGGUAAUAUUACUGUAUAGGUAAAACAACCAUUAUUCUCUUCAUAACGUCUCAAAUUUUCGUUUCUGAUCAUUUGAUCAGAUAAAAGUCUGAGAACAUUACAACAGUAUUUGAUGAAACAAGUGCAGUUUGUUUCCAUUUACCCGUUUUGUCUGCCUUAUACAUUGUUUUUGUUGGGUCAAUAUAGUGUACUAUUCAAGAAACCCCUCUACAUUGUCAUGUCUUUUUUUUAAAAGAGAAUUGUAAUUCGCCACUUUUCAGUGUCACGGGGUAACAAUAAUCAAUGGGUGCCUUUCAUUUGUAAACCAAAAGAAAUAAAGAAAAACCUAUGUGAACUUC